ACCAAAGGCGGGCACCUGUCGAGUCGCGAGCAAUGUCGAGGAGAAAGCGUCGGCGAGAGAAAAGUCACAGGCUCGCUCCAGGUGCUUAGGAUGCUAGAGGGCAGUUAUGAAGUAACCAUCAACUUUGGCUCAACUUCCGUCUCCCGGCAAGCGGCGCAACCGCUAACCCACUGCCAAUGCCAAAAGCCGUCCUGCCAAUUUGCGACGCCCACCAGAAUCCCAUCAUUCCGCCGCUUUCGACCAACUUUGCAUCUGCUCGCGUGCAUUAUUCCUUCAUCUCCGACUCAUCCUCCAGUGCACCAUCUCUGCUCGAAAUCAUCAAUUUCAAAAGCUUCGAUCAUCGCGGCUACCGAACAGAAAAGCUCCGAGUCGUGUAUUCCUUCCAAAAGUAGACCCCCGUACCUAUUCCUCCGCAAAAACCAUUCGAGCGACUCAUCCGUAGAAUUAUGUCCAUCUCAGCUCUAUGCAGACAUACACCGUUGUAUGAAACCACGGCGACAAGCGUAACUUUUACAUCUAUCGAUUGUGACUUGUCACGGCAAUGCAAGCCUCAUGUUCGUUUCACAAAUAAGGCUGACUUGCAGAGUCAAUCGAUAGCAUCUCAAUUGCUUGCCUAGGUAUUCCACGACCCAUGACGCUUUCUUUCUUUUCACGCCAACAAAUAACGGUUCUUGUCCUGUUAUGCCUCAGCCAUCAAUUUAUGCUCU